AAGGCGAUUUUUAAAAGUGGAAGUGUGUUCAAUCCGAGAGGGCUUUCCCUGGAAACAAACAUUACAGAAUACGAGUAAAGCUGCGAGAAGAGCUGAAACAAGAGUGCACACCAGUUUGAAGAAAGAAAUAGGAUGCAAAGUUUGUGAAAUAUCUACACACUGUCACACUGUAGUGUUCACAGGGCACACUGCAGUGUUUUUGAAUGGAGAUGACUACUUGCUUGAUAAGGAUUAAAAAAAACCCUUUAACUAUUUGGUUGAUAACCACAUUGUAUUUUGGAAAAAUUGUUUGUGGGGGUAACAUUGAAAUUAAUGGUCUCUGUGGUGGACGAGACUGUUCUAUUUGCCAAUGUUUUCCAGCCAAAGGAUCUCGGGGUCGACAAGGUGAUUUAGGUUCCCAGGGCCGACCUGGCCCACAGGGGCCACCAGGACCUCCUGGAUUACAAGGAGGAAAAGGAAGCAGUGGAGAACCUGGCUAUCCUGGUCAUACAGGGGAUCGGGGAGAAAUGGGCCCUAUAGGUGUUCCAGGAUUUCACGGCAUCAGAGGUAUAGAUGGUGUACCAGGUUCUGCUGGUCCAAUGGGUCCUCCAGGUGCUGAUGGCUGCAAAGGAAUGCAAGGUGUUGAUGGAGCCCCUGGAUAUCCAGGAAUUCAAGGAUCAACAGGAAUACAAGGCAUUCCUGGGCGAAAGGGACAAAAAGGAGAGCCCAUCACAGCCUACGUUUGCAUAAAAGGUCUACCUGGUGACGGAGGCCUUUCUGGACUACCUGGUGGAGAUGGAGCAGAGGGUCCACAUGGCCUUAAAGGAGCUAGGGGUCCUGCAGGUGUGCCUGGUCCAAAGGGAACCCAUGGCGUGGUUGGUCUGCAAGGUGAAAGGGGUGUACCAGGCAGGCCAUCACCAGGACCUAAAGGCAAUCAGGGUGAACAAGGCCCACCUGGACCACCUGGAAAAUAUGAAUUUAUUAAUACUCCUGACUUUUGUAAUAAAGGAGAAAAGGGAGAAAAAGGAAAAGAAGGUACAACUGGAAUUCCUGGGCCCCCAUCAGUUCCUCUUCAAGGAGAAAAAGGAGAAAAGGGAGUCCUUGGAUUUCCUGGGAGUCGAGGUAAUCCCGGUUUUCCUGGAAAACCUGGCUUUCGUGGAAGGCUGGGGGCAAAAGGAUCCCAUGGACUGCCUGGAUUAAAUGGAUUUCCUGGACAAAAGGGUCAAAAAGGCGACCUUGGUGAUGCAGGUCCUGUUGAAUAUGUGACUUCAGAAACACCAGGUCCUCUUGGAGAUAUUGGUUUUCCUGGUUUUCCUGGCCCUGAUGGAGAAGAUGGAUGUCCUGGUCAGCCAGGUUUACCAGGACCCAGUGGAAUAUCUGAUAGUGCAAGACCAUUUGGGAUACCAGGACAUCCUGGACCUCUAGGACCUAAAGGAUAUAAGGGCGAAAUAGGAAAAACAGAUGUUGACAUUGGUCUCCCAGGGAAGAGAGGACCUCCAGGAUUACCUGGCCCUGUCGGUCAACCUGGACCAGCAGAGGUUUGCGUCUUUGGACCUUUGGGAGGAACAGGAGAAAAGGGAAAGAGAGGCCCUCCUGGCUUCAUUGGAGUAAAAGGUUAUAAAGGUAUUCCUGGUGACUGUUUUUUUAAUAUGUCAAUGGAUAUGAUGAAAGGAUCUCCCGGAUUUCCUGGUGAGAAAGGUUUUCCAGGAAGAUAUGGAUCACAGGGUGAAACUGGAGACCCUGGUAAUCCUGGGCCAAUAGGAUUGAUAGGACCAAAAGGUAUGCCAGGGAUACCAGGAGAACCAGGUCAAAAGGGAAUGAAAGGCACUAUGACCAUGAUGGACAUUAAAGGUGACAAAGGAGUGAAGGGAGAUCCAGGGUUUGUUGGAUUUGGAGGUGUACAAGGAAGACCUGGUCUUGAUGGUCUCAAUGGACUGAUGGGAAAACCAGGAGAAACCGGAGAAAGGGGUCCUAGUAUGAAAGGAGAAAAGGGAUUAUCAGGUUCAGAAGGCCAACCAGGUCCAACAGGUUUCCGAGGCCCUGCUGGACCUGGAAUUGCUGGCCCCAUUGGAAAACGAGGCUUUCCAGGAGAUCCAGGUCCACCAGGUAUCACUGGUGCCCUAGGCAAUAAAGGACAGAAAGGAGAUGAGCCUGUUUCACCUUGCCCACCUUCAGAUAUGACAGGGGUACCAGGUCCAAAAGGAUUUCAAGGAGUCCCAGGGGAAAGGGGUUUUACUGGAGACCGAGGAUUUCCUGGUCGCAAUGGUCUUGAUGGCCCAAAAGGAGAAAAGGGUGAACAAGGAUUCCCAGGUGCACCUGGACUUGCUGGUAUUCGAGGAAGUACAGGAGAGCAGGGUGAUACAGGUCCCGAAGGAUUAAGAUUAGAUGGUCUCCCAGGUCUCCCAGGUCUUUCAGGUUUACUUGGUCUAAAAGGACAUCCUGGAGACUCUGUCAUCGGCAGUACAGGAAGCCCUGGACAAAAAGGCUUGCCAGGACUCAAUGGCCUCAAAGGACAUACUGGAGCACCAGGAAUUCCAGGAAUCAAUGGAGUCCCUGGAGAGCAGGGUCUUUCAGGUUUCAAAGGACUUCCUGGUGAUCCAGGAAUCAUGGGACCACUCGGGCUGCAGGGGGAAUCACCAGCAGUUUGUAAUCCCGGACCACCAGGAUUACCAGGUCUCGAAGGGGAUAUGGGUCCACAAGGGCUUUCAGGUUUUAAAGGCUUGAAAGGAGAAGUGGGCCUUCCAGGUGUGCCAGGACUGCCUAGGAUCAAAGGACUUAAAGGCAUUCCAGGGAUACCUGGAAUUCCUGGUCUACAAGGUUCCCCAGGUCAACCAGGAUGCCCAGGAGACAUUGGCUAUUCAGGUCCACCAGGACCACCAGGAUUGCGAGGUGCUUCGGGCAUUGAAGGUUUCCCUGGACCUCCCGGAAUACCUGGGAUACCUGGAUCUCCAGGGUCAAAAGGAGAAAAAGGAUUUGAUGGCAAAACAGGCUACACAGGGGAUAUAGGAAACCAAGGAGAAAAAGGUGUUAAAGGUGUACUAGGAUUCCAAGGAGAGGUUCAGAUUAACUACAUCAGAGGAGACAGAGGAGACCCUGGCUUUCCUGGAGAGAUUGGAUUUGUUGGGCCAAGAGGUGAGAAGGGUUUAUCUGGCCUCAAAGGGUUACAUGGAGAUGAUGGCAGAGAUGGCUCUCCUGGAUAUUUGCCUGGCAUAGAUGGUAAAAGGGGGCUUCCUGGACUACCUGGAUUACCUGGAAUUCCAGGUUCAAAAGGCUAUAAUGGGAUAAUUGGAUUUCCCGGAAUGAAUGGUGACCAUGGAGAUCCUGGUUUAUCAGGUACUGUUGGCAAUCCAGGUUUUCCAGGAUUGAAAGGAAUUAAAGGUGAUCAAGGAGAUACUGUUGUCAUGCCGGGAAUUCCUGGAACAAAAGGGCUUCCAGGUGACAGAGGAAACUCAGGAAGGCAAGGUCAAGCAGGAGAUCCAGGUUUUCCAGGCUCAUAUGGACAACCAGGAGAACAAGGUGUACCAGGCGCUCCUGGAAGUCGGGGAAAACCAGGAGAACAAGGUCGAAUGGGAGUUCCUGGUCUAUGUGGCCAAAAUGGAUUAGAGGGGCCUUCAGGAGAUCCAGGAUCCCUUGGAAUACCAGGACCUGACGGUGAUGGAGGACUUAGAGGGCCACCUGGACCACUUGGUCUACAUGGUCUUGAUGGACUAAAAGGACAAAAAGGACAAAAAGGAUCUCCAGGAAGAAGUGAUGAGGGUGAACUUGGGAUCAGCGGACAACCUGGUGUUAAUGGUGAUCCUGGUGAUCAGGGGCCUCCUGGCAUAUAUGAGAAUGGUCCUAAAGGGCCACAGGGUCUUAAAGUAUAAAAUGUUUCAACAGGUCCCUUGGGUCCUCCUGGUCCUCCAGGUCCAGCAGCUGGACCAUGUGAAGGAGCCCCCCAUGGACCUCCUGGUGACACUGGGCUUUCAGGCAUUGAUGG